AUAACAGUGCGAUCAUGAAGUCAUUGCUAGGAUUCCAUCACAUUUCGGCCUAACAUUACUGAAUAGAAAUUUUCAUCGUAAAACAUCCGUUAUGGAAUGGACAUGACAGCGAAAUGCUCGUGUGAUACUGGUAUAAUCAGAAAUUCAAUGCUUUUAGCGAGCUGAGGGACGACGAAAGAACUAUCCAAAUGAAGGCAUUGCACAGAAUACUAGCUGUUCUUCUUGCGACAUUAAUCAUAGACAAUUGUUGUGGCGAUAAAAGAGGCCUAAAUCUUAACGACUUGCUCGCAGCAGUCAAUGCUAAUAAACAAAAUAAAAAUUCGAACAAUGAGGAGAGCAAUGCUGCUCCACAGCAGCAAACGUUAUCAUCCACGUCGGUCAAAACACAGGAGUUUAACGACCUUCAAUCGCUAAUUAAUGCAAUGAAAGGUGGAAAAGAUGGUAACACAGUUAAUCUUGAUGUAGGGGCGCUGCUAGCAAAACAAAAAGAACAGAACAACGAUAAACCGAAAGAACAGACUGUCGAAAUAUCGCCAAAUGGCGAAGUAACGUCGCAAUCAACUGGCGCAAACGCUCAAAAAUCGGAGAGCGAAGAGAACAAUAAAAAUAAUGAUAGCAUCAAAGGUAUAAAUCUUAGUCAGUUAGCAGAAAUGUUGAAACAACAUGGAAUAGAAAAUAAUGUUGAGAAAAAAGAGGAAGACAAUACUGGGAAUACGAUGGCGCAAUUUCUCGCAAAUAAAAAGAAAGACGAGGAUAAAAUCGAUCAACCCGGUUUGCAAAUUGAAACAGAAGGUGAUAAUACCAAAAACGGUCACUCAAGAUUCACUUUGCAACAAUCACCGGACGGGGGUUUGAUGCUUGUACCAGUAAAAGAAGAGAAUGGUAUCUCAAGAGGUUUAGAUAUAGCUGAUCUUGCCAAAAAGCCGGAAAACUCAGUCGGAGCGACAAACAGACAACAGCUUCAGUUGACUACUCUGGCUCAAGCACUAUACAGCCCGUUUCCAGGUGACAACAUCCUCCAUCUUCAUCUGAAAGGAAAAGACGGUAAAGAUGGUAAACAGGGACAAAAGGGACACACUGGGCCACCCGGAACCGUUGGCCCACAAGGUCCAAAGGGACCAAAAGGAGAGGCUGGCACCUGUGCGAAGGAGGUUACUCACCAGCCCUACACAUGUACACCAGAUGAAAUCGACAGUUUGACGUCAAGGGUGGACUACCUAGAGAAAAUAUGCAAAAAGCAAGCUCCUAUUUCUCAAAUCAAGCCAUCAGGAGAAAAGGGGGAGCCAGGCAAUCCGAUGCCAAGCUGCCAGUCGAUCUACGAGAAGAAUAAAGAUGCAAAAAGUGGGGCGUAUUGGUUGAUGGUAAAUGGCGUGCGCUUCAAGACGUAUUGCGACUUCGACCGGAUAGGAAAACGUGGCUGGACCCUAGUAGCCCGAGUCAACGGUACCGAGAACCACUUCACAGCAGUCUCAAACACGUGGGCCGACACAAGCGUCAUACGUCCGGAGACGGCCUGGGACAUUAAUCUCCGCUCGACUAUGAAGACACACGGCUGGUUUACGGUCGUCAACAAUGCAAUAAAGGUGUGCUAUGACGGGCCGAGCAAAUUCUGCGCCAUCUUCACACAUAAUUUAGGGCAGGACUUGACUAGUUUGUUUACAAAUGAGUUUGGGGUUAUAGUUGACGAGAAAUGGAAAUUCAAAGAGCUGUUGGCAGCAUUUGGGAAAAAGUGCGAUACAAUCUCUUCACCGGACAAAAGCAAAACGUUGCAAUUGAGGAAAGAGUGGUGUGGCCUAAACCUUGGAAAUAUAUGCCACCCAGAGGACAUUAAUCCGAAUCUAAAUCCGACAAAUCAUAUUGUUCGGAUUGGUUGCAUCGGAUCUUUUACAAAGUCGUGUACUCCAGCCGACUUCGCUCUUGGGCUCGGAGUAACAAGCUGCUUUGAUGGAUACGGUUGUGGAAGAGUCGGGCCUAAGACAGCUAGUAUGCACUGGGCUUGUUCAUCGAUUUACGGGGCAUUUGCACAAACCGCGUUUAUUUUUGUAAAUUAGAUCCUUCAAGGUAGUUUAGACAACAUUAAGGUGGGUCAUAGAAUUUUAAGGUGUACAGAAAUAAGUUUGUUUGAUUGGUUAUUCCUUUAAAUUGCAAGGGAACCUUUGGAACAAGCUGGCCAGUGGCGACAGUGCACUUGAUAGAAUGACUGUAGUAAUAGAUGUAAAUAUAAACUGUUUAGUAGUGGCAGUGGGGCCUCUAUAAUUUAUCACGGAUAAGUCUCGUGGCUGAGCAGGAAAAUAUCCCUUAUGACAUGGCAUAAAACAGGCUAAGUAGCAUUGAACAGAAAACCUCCAUGUAAAAAACAUAGAAGACGUGCUUGUAAUUGCGAGAUAGCGCGGGAAGGUGGCCUUAUGACUCUUCCAUUGCCGAUUGCGAAUGAUGACCCGGUUCCAACCGUAUUUGCGAAAUCAACUCCGUGAGAUGAGAAGCUGAUACAUACACCAAUUUCGUAGCGUGAAUCAAAGAAGCUUCUGAUAUCGGCGAUCCAAGCGGGUUACUAGGGUUCGGCCUGCCAACCGGUAUCGAAAUCGCGACGUACAUUUGCCGUAGUAAAUCAGACGUGAGGCACAUUAAAACGCGUUUUUCUUAUCUUAACUAGACCUGGUGCGAAUUCAUCAAAGGUGGAGGCACAGAUGAAGAUCGACGGCCCGGAUUAGCCGGGGGCUGGACCCUAGUAGCCCGGAUUAAAGGCCAGGAGACUGACUGGUCACCAAUCUCGGAAAACUGGGCUUCAAACCAAA